AUGACAAGGGGCAAGGGGGGCAAAGACUAUGAGGCCAACUCAGACGCCAUGUUUGAGAGCUGGCAAUUGUACGCAAUGGCAAGAUCGAGCGCUUACGCUACGAACAGGAAAUUCUGGCGCAAUAUGCUGCCCCGGAUGAAAUACCGUAAUCCAUCCAUCCCAAUGGAAGUCGCGCGACACAACGACCCCGACGGUCCCUCGCUCCUACACAUCUUCACAGCAACCAAAACACAGCCAUCGGCUGGCUCUACCAACUCUCCUACAACACAACAAUCAGACUCUUCACCACCGUCCACCACACCAAACCCACGCAAUACGCUCGUACCCGAGACCUCGAAACCCACGUUUUCGAUUGACAUGAGAGACCAGUCGGAGAGCGAGAUCUUGGAGGCGCUGGUAGAGAAGAUAGGCGCGGUGGAGAUCAAACCGACGGAAGAGGAGUUGGCCGAGAUGAAGGAGAUUGAGGAGUUCAAGGAGAGGUCGGAGGCGGAUAGAGUGCUAGUUAGGGAGAAGUUGAUAAAGGAGCGAAGAGAGGCUGAGCUACUCAAGUUGGCGAGGGGUGAGGCACCGGCUGCCAACUAA